AGACAAUAUGCUCAAAUGCCCCUCCUCUACAGUCUGCCUCGACUUCGUGAACAUUUCCGCUGCGUCCUCAACAACAUCACAUCAUUUACAACAAAGCAGAAGUUGGACAUCACUGACUUUAUACCAGCGAACCCAAAUCCAGCAUCAAGAGCAAAAAACAGCCCAAUAUUUAGAGAACUACUGAGUCGAGGAAACAGCUGAAUGAUGAGUGCUGCUCAGAGUGAAACUACACUGGAGUCCAAACUGGAGGCCCUGCAGUGCCACUUCACCUGGGAUCUGGACCCCAGCAGGUCCGUACUUCUACGUCGCAGGGAAACGUUCGAGGACAUCGGCACAGAGGAGGGAAACAGCUGGCUGGGUCACAUUUACAACCUGCGGGGGUUCGUUCAAUACAAGCUGGGGUUGACUGAAGACGCCCAGAGUUUGUUCAACAAGGCUGCAGAGGCCUUCCGCCAGAUGAGAAGUGCAGAUGAGGGUCCCUGGUUAGUGGUGAACUACGGGAACCUGGCUUGGCUGAACCACCACCGGGGAGACCAAGCAGAGAGUCAGGCUUACCUGACAAAGAUCGACGCCCUGAAAAAUAAAUACCCAUCUCCAUCCCAGGACGAGCUCCAUCCAGAGAUCUGCGCUGAAAAAGCCUGGACCCUGAUGAAGUUCAGCAGAGAUAAAAGGCAGCUGGCUGCAGAUUACUUCCAGAGAGCCAUCAAGAUGCAGCCGGACAUGGUGGAGUGGAACACCAGCCACAUAAUAGGGUUAGUGAAGGCUUUAAAGCACAGCAACAAAAAGUUUGGGGCUGACAUGUUGGAGAAAAUGAGAAUCGCCAAGGAACAGGAUCCAGAGAACUUGUACCUCGCUGCUUACUACCUUGAGCAAUGUGGUAAGAAAGGACAGAGAAUUGAAGAUGAAGCACGAGAGUUAGCUAGAAAGGUUUUGAGAAAUCCCGUCAGCAGCUACAGUGGUAUUAAACCAUUAAUAAGGGUUUACAAUCAUUAUAUUUCUGUUGAUGAGGCCAUUGAAUUGGCAGACGAGGCUCUGGAAAACCAUCCAGAUGAGCGUUAUCUGAAGAGAUGUGCUGCACUCUGCUACAAAUGGGAGAUCCUUUUUUACAGGGACAGUCGCCCAAAGCAAAGCAUGAUAGACAGAGGAAUCAGUCUCCAUGAGGAGGCGAUUUCUCUUUACCCUCAUUCUUCACUUUUGAAGAAUGUAGCUCUCGCAGAUAUCUAUGUAAAAUCCAAUGACGACCAGGCUAAAGCCGAGCAGAUAUUCCAGGAACUGCUAGAAAGGGAACUGGAACCUGCAGAUAAACAGAUGCUUUACAACCGCUAUGCAAAACACGUAUUCCUUUAUCGUCAGGAGUACCAAAGGUCAAUACAAUAUCACAUGAAGGCAGCAGCAAUACCGCAUCAAUCCUCCUUUCGUGGGAACAGCAUCACAACUCUGGAGAAGAUUAAAGCCAAAGGCAGGAACCGAAAGUGUAGAGAAAUAGAGGAGUUCCUGGCAAACCUGCAAAAACCAUAGUGUUUUUAACAGCACUGGUUCUGAAUCUACUAUAAAAUGUAGGAAUUACAUUUGCAAAACAAUCUGCACUUACUUCUUAAUUGUAUUACAUUUAAAAGAAAACUUGUGGAAAAAAAUUGUGGAAAUUGCUGAAAAGUUUCUUCUUCUUCUUAAAAUAAAGUUAAAAUGGAAGUGAGAAUCUUACAGUGAAGACCUGCUGAUCAUGACAAGGCAAGAAGUGAAGUCUAUCCCUAUUCAAUGCAAAUCAUAGCAGAUUUACUUCAUCCCUGCAAAUGAAUCCUCUGAUGGCAACUCAAUUAAAACAAAUGGAAUUUGCUGCAAAAUUUCACAAUUAUAAAAACUAGUAUGAUCUGGCCUUAAAGUAGUCAGUACGCUUCAACCAAAGUGCUUGUCAAAUGAUCAAACAGCAUUUCAUAAAGUUACAAAGUUUGAAGGAUUCAGCUUCUACAACUUCCAUUUGACAAGCACUUUGGUUGAAUUAUAUUUACAUCUUUAAAGCUGCAGUUGGUAACUUUGAGAAAUAUGAUAAAAAGGUAUUUUUAUAAAACUCACUACAUCCUGAGAAUAGUGCAUGAGACAGAUGGUCUGUGAAAAGAAAUCAUCCGAUCAAACUAGGCAGCACUGAUCAAAUUAAUAUCCUGUUACUCUAAUGUCUAUUUCCCACCUCAAAUGUUUUCAGAAACAGCUUUCUGGAAAACCUGCAAGC